AUGAACCCCUCCCUCUGGCUCACUACCCAAUCCGUCGCCCCGUUGCCGGCGGUCCAUUCCCGCCGGCGACCCUCCGCCACAGCCACACGAUCUCUCCGGCCGCCGGGGGGACGACCCACUGGCAGCAAGCAUCCCAAAUUCGAGCUCCUCAAGGACCAGCUGCUCCGCCAUGCGGAAGCCGGCCGCCUCUCCGACGCCCUUUCCACGCUGGACCUCAUGGCCGACGUCGGUGCCGCCGCCGACCUGGUCAGCUUCUCCGUCCUCCUCAAGUCCUGCAUCCGUUCUCGCGACCUCGCCGGGGGGAGGAGCGUCCACCGCCGCUUGCUCGUGUCGGGGCUGGAGCUCGACACCGUCGUCCUCAACUCCCUCCUCACCCUCUACGCCAAGUGCGGUGACUGGCCCACGGCGGACUCCCUCUUCCGCGCCAUGGGGGAGGACAAGAGGGACCUCGUCUCCUGGAGCACGAUGAUCUCCGGUGCCGCUCGCGGCGAAAACCUGCAGCCGGCCACGGCGGCGGCACUCUUCUGCGAGAUGCUCGACAGCGGGUUCCGCCCCAACGAGUUCUGCUUCUCCGGCGUGCUCCACGCCUGCGCAAACGCGAAACUCCUCCCCUUCGGGCUGGCCGUCUUCGGGUUCCUCAUCAAGGCCGGCUACUUCGCCGCCGGCGUCUGCGUGGGCUGCGCGCUGAUCGACCUCUUCGCUAGGAACCUCGAUCUACGCUCUGCUCGCAAGGUGUUCGACAAAAUGCCGAAUAAGAAUGUCGUGGCCUGGACGCAGAUGAUCUCGCGGUGCGCGCAGUACGGGUCGCCAGAGGAGGCUGUGGAGCUGUUCCUGGAAAUGGAGCUCGCGGGAUUCUCGCCGGACCAGUUCACUUUGAGCGGCGUGAUCUCGGCGAGCACGGAACUGGGGUGGUUCCAGCUUGGUCGGCAGCUGCACGCGCGCGCCGCCCAGCUGGGGCUAGCGGGAGACGUCUGCGUCGGCUGCAGCCUCGUGGACAUGUACGCCAAAGCUCCGGGGGAGACGGCAAUGGCGGACUCGAGGAAGGUCUUCGACCGCAUUGCGGAGAACAACAACGUCAUGUCCUGGACAGCGAUCAUCUCCGGGCAUGUACAGCGCCGCCAGGACCAGGAAGCUUUGGAUCUCUUCCGCCGGAUGGUGGUCCACGGUGGCUCCAGGCCGAACCAGGUCACCUUCUCCGGGGUGCUCCGUGCCUGUGGGAACGUCUCCGACGCCGCCGCCGGCGAGCAGGUCUACGCGCAGGCGGUGAAGGCCGGCGUGGCCUCCAUCAACUGCGUCGGGAACGCGUUCGUCGCCGUGUACGCCAAAUCAGGGAGGAUGGAGGAGGCGCGCAGAGCUCUGGAUCACCUCCUGGAGAAGAACCUGAUCUCGUACGGCGAUGGUGAUAGUGACAGCGGGGAGAUCGGGGCCAGCGCGCUGACCUUCGCGAGCCUGCUCAGCGCCGCCGCGAGCGUGGGCGCGACGAGCAAGGGCCGGCAGCUCCAUGGCUGGUUGAUGAAGGUGGGCUUCUGCUCCGAUCAGGGGGUCUGCAACUCGCUCAUCUCCAUGUACUCCAGAUGCGGGGAGGUGGAGGACGCCUGCAAGGUGUUCGACGGUUUGGACCGCCGGAAUGUGAUAUCCUUGACCGCCAUGAUCGGCGGCCUCGCCAAGCAUGGACUCGCAGAGAGAGCCCUUUCCCUGUUCCGGGAGAUGCUCCGUGGGGAGUGCAGGCCCAACGAGGUCACCUUCAUCGGAGUCCUCUCCGCCUGCGCGCACGCUGGCAUGGAGGAGGAAGCUUGGAGGAUCUUCCAGGCCAUGCGCAGGGACCACGGGAUCGAACCCAGGAUGGAGCACUACGCCUGCAUGGUAGACCUCCUGGGGAGAUUAGGGUUCCUGGAGAGAGCUGUCGUCUUCAUCCGCGAGAUGCCGGUGAAGCCCAGCGCCCUGGUUUGGCGAGCUCUGCUCGGGGCCUGCAAGAUCCACGGAGACCUCAAGCUGGGAGAAGAAGCGGCGGUGAAGAUCUUGCAGGCGGAGCCGGCAGAUCCCGCCGCCUACGUGCUGCUCUCCAACAUCUACGCCGCCACGGGGCGGUGGCGCGCGGUGGCGGAGAUAAGGAGCAGGAUGAAGGAGAGGAGGCUGAGGAAGGAAGCGGGGCUCAGCUGGAUCGAGGUCGCCGGCGGCGUCCACGAGUUCCACGCCGGCGACACCCGCCACCGCCGCUCCGGUGAGAUCUACGCGAAGCUCGGGGAGCUCGCUGCGGAGAUCAGGCGAGUGGGGUACGUUCCCGACCUGAGCGCCUCCCUCCACGACGUGGCGGACGAGCUCAAGGAGAAGCACCUGUUUCAGCACAGCGAGAAGAUUGCCGUCGCCUUCGGGCUGAUCAGCAGCUCCUCGCCGGCGCAGCCGCUGCGGGUGUUCAAGAACCUGCGCGUCUGCGGCGACUGCCACUGCGCCAUCAAGCUCAUCUCCGCCGUCACCGGCCGGACCAUUAUCCUCCGAGACACCAACCGAUUCCACCGCUUCGAAGCCGGCGUCUGCUCCUGCGGCGACUACUGGUGA